AUGACAAUUAGUGAGACAGUAUUUGGAUUUGGAUAUACCAUUGGAGCGUUUUUAAUGACGCAAUUAAGAAUAAAAUUGAUUGAUGCAGCAUAUACUACUCAAGAUCCUAAUGCACUUAAAGCAUCUUAUACAACAAUGGCAUUUGUAUCAGAUGGAUGUUCUGAAUACCUGAAAAAGAAUUAUCUUAAACAAUUUGUAACAGCUAUUAAAAUGGGAUUAAAUAGUUCAAAUGAAACGGUUAAAUCUGCAGCUAUGUAUGCUUUAGGAGAAGUUUCUCAAUAUGUUCAACCUCAAGUUAGUACGUAUGCUGCAGAAAUACUACCAGAAUUAAUGAAAAUGUUUAAAGAAAAGUUAAUUGUUGAAUAUACUAAGCCAGAAUGUAGUUCUGAAGUGCGUAUGAUUUUUUAUGCACUUGAUAAAUUUAUUGAUAGUAUGGAAGGUGGAAUUGAUGAAUAUUUACCAGAAAUGAUUGGUAUUGUAAUGGAUAUUAUAAGAAACGAAGAGUGUUGUGUUGAACUUAAAGACAAAGCAAUUACUAUCAUGUGUAGCAUUGUUAAGUCUGGAGGUGAUGCUACGGCCCCUUACUUUAUCCCAGUCAUGGAAAUUCUUGAUGCUUAUUUAAAACCUGGAAUUGAUGAAAAACUUGAAACUUUACAGAUAAUGGUCAUUCAAUUACUAUCUGAAUUUGCGGUAGCUCUUGAUCCUAAAGUAUUUGAACCUUAUUUGGAUAUGAGUUUAAAAUGUGGUUUGGCUCUAUUGCAAGAAGCAAAGGAGGAUCAACCUGAGGUCCGUGCAGUAUGUUAUGGACUUUUUAGUUCUAUAGCUAGAGUAUCUAUUAAUCAUUUGAUACCAUAUAUGGAUCUUGUAAUGCAACAUGUUUUGAAAAGUUUGGACAAUAGCUUAAUUGCUGAUAAUAGUUUUAAUCUGGAGAAAAAAAAAUUUAAUGCUUAUGGUAGCGAUGAGGAUGAUGAAGAUGAUAAAGAUGAAUCUUUAACAACUGAAGAUGACGGAAGCAAUGAUUCUGAUAGUGAUGAUUUUGUCUAUGUUGAUGCACACGUAAUGGAAGAAAAAGAUAAUGCUUGUCAAACAAUUUCUCAAAUUGCUCAAAGCACUGGAGAUCAAUUUCUACCCUAUUUAAAUAAUAGCUUUGACGUAGUAUCAAAGUUAUUGCAAGAAGAUGAUGAAGACACUAUUGAUUCUGUACUUGAAUUAUAUGGACAAAUUUGUAUAUAUUUUUCAAAGUUACCUAAUAAUUGUGGCCAAGAGUCCUUAGAAAAAGCUUUGGAAAGUUAUUUGAAAUACGGAGAGAAAAAAAUACAAGAAGAUGGAUUUCCGGCUUUAGACUCAAUAUUCCUAGACGUAUUAGCUGAUAUGUUGAAAGAAAUUAAAACUAAGAUGAUUAAGUAUGCUGAACCAAUUAUGGUACUCGCUAAAUCUAUAUUAGAAUUAAAAAUUGGUGAUGGAAAUAACCCCGGCGAGUUGGAUGAGCUAGAUAGUGAAAACGAUACAUUACCUAUAGAAUAUGCAGGCAAUGUUGUCUCGAAUUUAAGUUAUGUUCUUCCACCACAAGUUUUUACAGAAUAUUUUAUUUCGUUGGUGCCAUUGUUAAAAAAAUUAAUGUCAAAAGAUUCAUCUGAUUUAUUACGAGCUGCGGGAUUAGCUAUAACUGGGGAAUCUGCAAAAGGCUUAGGAGAAAAUGCUAGUGGUUUGUGUGAAGUUAUGUUUUCACUAGUAUUUCCACUCGUUGAAGAUGAAGACGAUACUGUGAGGAAUAAUGCUGUAUUUGCAUUAGGAGAAAUUGCAUUUUAUGGCAAAGAAUCUGUAUACAAGUAUUAUCCAAUAAUAUUAAAUACAUUUUCUCAAGUGGUUACUAAAGAACAACGAUCAAAAGUAUUAGACAAUGUUUAUGGAGCAUUAGCACGUAUGAUAAUUACUAACAUUGAAGGAAUUCCUCUCGACCACGUGGUACCUGUUAUGAUCAACUACCUUCCAUUACAUGAAGACUUUGUUGAAAACUUAACCGUGUUCAAAUGUUUGGUAUAUUUAUAUGAAGUUGGCAAUCAGUAUAUGGUUUCCAUGUUAGAACCAGUGAUUAAAGCGUCACUGGCUACAUUAAAUGAUAAAAGAAAAUAUAACGAAGAUGAUGUGAAAGAAGAGAUUAUUAAACUUUUGCGCAUGUACAAGAGAGACUUUCCAGAAAAAUGCUUGUCAUUGACACUUCCUGAAGAUUUAUCCAAAUUAUUUAAUGAAACAUAA